AUGACUCGUAAUCUCCUCUCCUAUUGGCUAAUCUUCACCACCCUCCUACUAUCAACCUUACUCGCACCGUCCCUACCGCCCAUACCACUAAGCUCAGAGUUAAACGGCAUCCUCUCCGCCUCUAAAAUCGAGCUUCCUUCCUUCUCGCCACUGAUCGGCAACGCAAAAGAGGUGAAGCAAGCUGCGCAUGAGCUCAUUACGCAAACUCAAAAAGCACGGAUUGCUAUCGCAUCUCAUGUCCUUUCCGCUUCGCACCCAGCAGAAGCACCUUCCGCGGUAAAGCAUGCCAGAAAGUUGCAAGAUGAAUUCAUGGAUCAUGUUCAGCAGCACUUGAAUUCUCAGCUGGACCAAGUAAGAAAGAGUGGAGGGAAAGUGGAAGACUUGGAGUGGGAGUUGCAUCGUGGAUUUGCUACAGGAGUUGUAGAGAGUAAGCCGCCCGCGUUUACGCAGAGUGUGCUGAAGCCGGAGAAGACGACAACGGAUAAGGGAAGGAUGGAGAAGGUCAAAGCCGCUCUGGAGAAUCUUAACCCUGUUGCGGCGAUACGUCGGUUUCGGAUUCGGAGGGUGUUGCGCAAGAUGUCUUCAACACCAGCGUCGCCAAGCAUUCCACCUACAGAGAAUCCGAUACCACGAAACGUGGAUCAGCUGAGAGCAACACUUUCUUCCAUGACCGCCCUGCGUAGCAUCCAGUCAAGUUCAGCCGCUGCUGAUGCGAAGGAUGCCGCUGCAGCGCAGAAGAUCGAAAGCACCCUUCCUAUCCAGUCCAACGUGGUGCUCGAGGAGCCGUUGAAGAAGCCAGCGAAGAUGGUAAAGAACAAAAAAAAAGUCGAGCCUUGGGACGAGAUAUGGAUAGGAGGCAAAUGGACUAGUACAUAUAAUCAGAGGAACAGAGUAGAUGAUUGGAGUGAUAUACCGAUCCCUGGAAUGGCUUAG